UGCUGAGUGUUUUCCUGCUGGCUGGACUCGUUGGAAUCGGUGUCCACUAGUCUGGUUCCUGGGAUGAGAGCAGACAAGACUGCAGAGACAAAGGAGCAGAUCUGGUGAUUGUCGGCACGCUUGAAAAACAGAGCUCACCCUAGGAAAUAGCUGGCAUCCUCAAGAGCGAUGGAGGAAAUCUAUGCCAACGUUGAAUAUGCCCAACCUGUCGACUCAAACCCUUUGACCAAUCAGACAGACCAUGACUCAGUGCGUGGAUCAGCUGCAGAUCUCUCCACUAUCAAAGCCAACCUCACUAAAGUGACCAAAGUGAUGGAGAGACUUCAGCUUUCAUCUCAACAGAAGAAAUCGUGUCCUGCAGGGUGGAUACUGUUCAGUAGUUCCUGUUAUCUUCUCUCUGAAGAGUCUGCUUCCUGGGAUGAGAGCAGACAAGACUGCAGAGACAAAGGAUCAGAUCUGGUGAUCGUAGACACGCUUGAAGAGCAGGAAUUCCUCAGUAGCAUCAUCAGAAAACUCACUUGGAUUGGUUUAAGUGACAGAGACAACGAGGGCACCUGGAUAUGGAUUGAUGGAACUCCACUGAGUGACACUGUGAAGUACUGGAAUGAACCUAAUAACGGUGGAGGACAUCCACAGUCGGGUGAACAGGACUGUGUUCAAAUAGUAGUUCGCAGGAACCCUCGAGGAAACUGGAAUGAUCUGCGUUGUGAUAAAUCUCGGCAAUGGAUCUGUGAAAAACUGGCUUAGUAUUUGAAAUAUUACAUCUGUUAAAAGUUAUU